AUGAGUCGAAUUCAAAGCGGAAGGAACGAAGAAUUUGAAAAUGUUUUAGUUCUCUGGUUGAAAGAAACUCGUGCAUCCAACCUUCCUGUAAACGUUGAACUUCUAAGGGAGAAAGCAUUGGAAUUGUCGAAAAAUUAUGACAUGGAAAACUUUUCUGCAUCUCAUGGAUGGGUUGAAAAAUUCAAGAUUAGACAUGGAUUGUCAACUCGUGUUCUUUCUGGUGAAAGUAAAUGUGUCAGCAUCGAAUCUGUGGAACAAUGGCUCAAGGACUUGCCUGAUUUAAUAAAAGAAUACGAAGCAAAGGACAUUUACUAUUGCGACGAAACUGGACUUUUCUUUCGAGUAAUGCCCGACCGAACUUUGGCGUUCAAAGGAGAACCCUGCCAUAGUGGGAAAAAGAGUAAAGAAAGGUUGACUGCUUUGCUGUGCUGCAAUGCCGACGGUUCAGAUAAACUGCCUCCAUAA